GCAGUACCGUGUUGUUACCGAUCAUACUUCGUACCUUCCCAAACUGUGUUAACCUCACCACACAUAGGAACUGAAACAGAUGUUCCAGGUAGAGGGGAUGGACGCUAAGCUACGGAGGCACUACAUAGCAGUGCCCAAGUCAUAGUUGUGCAUUUGUUUUUAUUGAUAAUUAGCAUUGUCCGGUUCAAAAAAUUCGAGUUCGAAUGCGCGUUCACCGCGGUCUGGUUGAAUAUAAAAAGAUACUUAUCGUGCGAUAACUUUUCGGUCCGAUGUUGCCACUUCGUUCACUUUGUUUUUUAGAUCGUCAACGAGAUGUGACCAAAAAUUUGAAAAUGACCGCGAAAUAUAAAGUAUUUGUUCUUUCUUUUAUCCGUUCCAAUGAUAGUUGUAUUAUAAAUUCAGUUUAAUAGUAAAAAAUUGUUUUUACCAUGGAAGACGAUGUUUCAGUAAGAGUGGCGGUCAGAAUACGUCCACAAAUUCCAAGAGAAAUAAUCGAUAUGUGCCAAGUAUGUACAUCAGUAACACCAGGAGAGCCUCAAGUUCGCAUAGGUUCAGAUAAAUACUUCACAUACGAUCACGUAUUCGAUAUAGGAGACACGCAAGAUGAAGUUUACGGGACGUGCGUUGAGCCGCUAAUACUAUCAUCAUUAGAAGGGUAUAACGCCACGGUGUUAGCUUACGGGCAAACUGGAUCUGGAAAAACUUACACCAUGGGAUCGGGGUUCGACGUUGACGUCACCCCGGAACAAAUCGGAAUCAUUCCUAGGGCUAUUAAACAAAUUUUUAGCGAAAUUCGUGAUACAAUAACCAGGUUUCAAUCCGAAGGAAGACCUCCUCCCGAAUUUAAAGUUUCCACGCAAUUUAUGGAAUUGUAUAAUGAAGAAGUAAUCGAUUUAUAUAAUCCAGUUUAUAAUAAGACUAGCACUUAUAAAAUCCAUGAAGAUCCAUACGGCGGUAUUCAAAUAAAAGGUGUAACGACUCAAACUGUAAUAUCUGAAGAAGAAACGCUUCAAUGUCUUCGUGUGGGUGCUUUAUCAAGAACGACUGCAAGCACUCAAAUGAAUACGCAAUCGAGUCGAUCGCAUGCGAUUUUUACGGUUCAUAUUAAACAGCAGCGACUUAUAACAGAGCAAGAAGAUUCUAGUGGUUACGAAAUUUUAUCGGCGAAAUUCCAUUUUGUUGAUUUAGCCGGAUCUGAGCGCUUAAAACGCACGGGAGCGACAGGUGAUCGAGCCAAAGAAGGUAUUUCAAUUAAUUGCGGACUAUUAGCUUUGGGAAACGUCAUUUCUGCCCUUGGCGAUAAAAGCAAAAGAGCAACUCACGUCCCAUAUAGAGAUUCAAAGCUUACACGACUUCUGCAAGAUAGUCUAGGAGGAAAUAGCCGAACGGUUAUGAUAGCUUGCGUAAGUCCCAGCGAUCGCGAUUUUAUGGAAACUUUGAACACAUUAAAAUAUGCGAAUAGAGCUAGGAACAUAAAAAAUAAAGUAUUUAUUAAUCAAGAUAAAAGCACUAGAACUAUUAGCCAAUUGAAACAACAAAUAGCUCAGCUACAACUCGAAUUAAUAGAAUACAAACAAGGAAAAAGGAUCAUUGACCAAGAUGGUUGCGAAACCGUUAACGACAUGUUUUACGAAAACACCAUGUUACAAGAUGAGGUUAACAAUUUAAGAACGCGAAUAAAAGUUAUGCAAGAAACCGUAGAUAAUUUAACGUUUAAGAACACCCAAUUAUUGAGCGAAAAAGCCAUGGGUAAUUGGGUCGAACCCGACAAAGGACACUUAAGCGAUAUGAUCCAAGAAUACGUCAAAGAAAUCGAAGAUUUGCGAACGAAAUUAAUGGAGGCAAACAUAACUUGCGACCACCUACGCAAACAAUUAAGCAGAUACAGGGAAUCCGCGGGAAGUCUAAGAGGCUCCCUCGACAGAGAAAUUCCAUCCCUAAUAGAAGAAGCCCGACGAAAACUCGAACGCGAAAAAGAUGUACUUACAAGAAGCCUAGUUGAAAUCGAUGUAAGCGAUAGAGACAGCGAAGAAGAAAGCGAAAACGACGAAAAAGAAUACAAAACGAAACUAAACGACGAACUCAUCAACUUAACAAACGACAUAGAUAUGAAACAAAAAUUAAUCGACGAGCUAGAAUUAUCACAAAGACGCAUGCACACAAUGAAACAACAUUACGAAGAAAAAUUAAUGCAACUAACAACAAAAAUUAAAUCAACACAAGAAGAACGCGAUAAAGUAUUACAUACCUAUUCAUCCACGCAUCCAGAACAAAGCGAAAGUGUAAAAAAAAUUCGCGAAGAAUACAGCAAAAAAAUAUCAGAAAUGCAAAAAGAAUUAAAAAAGCUUCAAGUAGCGCAAAAAGAACACGCGAGACUAUUAAAAUCCCACAAUCAUAACGAAAAACAAUUAAAUUCGUACAAAAAUGAAUUGUUAGAUAUGAAAAGAGCGAAAGUGAAAUUAAUAAAUAAAAUGAAAGAGGAAUCUCAAAGGCACAGAGAAACCGAAUCGAAACGUCUCAAAGAAAUCGCCCAAUUGCGGAAGGAAUCGCGGAGAAAUGAGAGUGUUAUUAAAACCAUGGAGGCGCAAAAUCGGCUUAAAGAACAAGUUUUGAAACGAAAACAAGAAGAAGUUUCGAUUUUGAGAAAAAUACAGAGGAAUAAAUACGGAGUUUUAGAUAAUAAAAUUCGAUUUUCGGAAAAAACUGCUAAAGCUAAAUGGAGAAAAUUGGAAAAUUCUAUUAAUAACAUUACGUUAAAUAGACGGGGAAUCACCGAACAAGAAAUUAGGAUGGACAAUUUUUUGGAAAAACGAGAAUCUUUAGAAGUAAAUGCAAAAGAACACUUUUCUUUGGUAGGUAAGGAAUUGGAAAUUCUUCAAGACCGCAGAAAUCAAAUGUCACGUCGCGGACAAGAGACUACCGCUUUGGACAAUUACAUCGAAGAUAUUCAAGCGAAUUUGAAUUACCUGCAAGAAAAAAUAAGCGAAACGCAACAAAACGUGAUGGAAAUCGAGGAUUCCCAAGAUAACGACGAAGCCACGAAUUUACUUCAAGUGGUAAAUUCAUUGUCGACAGUGGAUGAGGCGAAAUAUUUAAUUGAAAAACUUUUAAAUAUGACCCUAAGCAAAACCAACGCCGUCGCUCAAUCAGAUGCUAAAUUAAAAGAAAACGAUGCGCUAUUACACGUCUUGAAACAAGAAAAUGUACUUAGAGGGCAAUUAUUAGAUCAUAUUUUACAUUCAGACCAUUUAGCUUUAGCUGGACAAAUGAGUUCUUCUACUAACACUGGAUCUAAUGAAUCUAGUAGAUCUGAAUCACCAGAUGUAUCACAAUCAUUCAGUUUAGACACGAUAUCUCCAAGUAAUAGUAAGUCAAAAAUACGGAGAAGAAUGGCAGCUCCUGAAGAAAUGUUAUAUGGGCUACAAAUACAGCGAAUCUGAACGUUUGCCGUAAUAAUUGCCUGUUUGGUGAUUAUUACAGUGUUACGAAAAGAAUAAAAUGGUGCUAUACUUUAUAUAUCAUAUUUAAAAUCUGUUUCAUUUCGUUGAAUUUUUACAUAAUCUUCAUAUAUGAAGUCUAAAGAAACUGUUGGUCAUCAAUUUAUGUAAUUUUUGAUUCUAUAAACAUUUGUAGAGACAGAAAAAAUUUUCUUAAUCCAAAUCUAAAUAAGGCGACUUCACUGCUGUGGUAAAUGUACCUAAUAAGACACCUUCUUGGAGUCUUCUUCUUCCAUGAGAAAGCCUCAUCAGAAUAUUAUUCAUGCCAAGGAACAAAUAAGACUAGGUAUAAUUUUAGCUAUUAAAACGGUGCCAAUUGUGCAUAAGAGAAAAUGGCGCACAUUUUGAGCACAAAAAUAAUUUUGACUUGAAAUUAUUGAAUCAACUUUUGUCUUGCGUACAUGCAUGCAAAUAAUUUGUAAUUCCUAAAUUAUUGUAAUGCCUUGCAUGAUAUGUAACCCCAUAGCUAUGCAAUAAAGGCCUUAUUGUAGAAUAUUAGAAAAAUUAGAAUAUUGCCAAAUUCUGCAUCAAGUCAAAUAAGAAAUUCUUGUCUUGUACAUUUUGAUAUUUGAUGGAUUUACCACACACUAUGUACACUGCCUCAAUAAAGUAUCAGUACAAAUUAAAUUUUAAAAUUUGUACAAAAAAAUUAAAAAAAUACACCUCCAAGGUAAUGAAAAGCUUGUUAGGAAUGAUAAAACAAAUGCAAGGAAUUCGAACUGUAACAUUUAUUGCUAAAUUGAACGUUUUUGGGAUUUAUAAAAAGAUAAAUACAAGAAAAAUAUUUUGCGCUUUAUCUCAUCCCUCAUCACAAUUUCUGCCGUGUGCUUGCGAUCAUUAUUUUAGGAUUUUCACGCAUUUUAUUUAAUAGAACACUUAAUGCUCUAGGACGCCCUGUACAAAGCUGUAUUUUUUAUUGUACUGGCGAACGUGCUUUUUUGCAAUUUUGUUAAUUUCACCUCUUUUCGUAAACUAAUAAUCAAAUCUCGAAUGCUUUGUGAAAUUUGGCGGUUUCUUGUAUUCAUUUUUAAUAAAUAUCCAAAAAUUGAAUGGCACGAAUACAUCAAACUACAGUAGUCUUUUUCUUGUACAGAGUGUAUUCCGAAUAUAAAGAACCCUCAAGGGACCUAAAAAUGGAUUCGUUAUAAGCAAUAAUUUAAAAAAUCAUGAAUAAUGAUGGUAUCAGAUUUUUUGGUAUUUUUCAAUUGAUUUCAGUAAAUUUUAUGUUUAUACUUAGUGCCUGGAAGAGGUGAAACAUAUCUUUAUUAAAAAAAAAUUGUUUGUAAUAAUGUUUUAACAAUGUAGUUAAAAUGGCAAAAAAUGAAAUUUUGCACGAUUCUCGUAAAUUAACAAUAUCUUCGGUAAAAUAUGUUCUACCAUGGUUUUGUUCAUAUAUAAUUAUUUUGUCAAUCUAACAUCUUGGAAAAUAAACUAAGUACAUAAUACUUGUAUGAGAAAUCAUGUAUCAUCACUUCGCCGAGGUCGCUUGCGGGCGAGGCGCUACAUUUGAUAUCACGUAGUCAUAAAAUUAGUCGAGUUGAGGUUCGUAUUCAUAAUGUAUCAAUCCCAGCGCCUCGCCCGCAAGCGACCUCGGCGGUAUUAAAUGAAAUCGUUCAUUUGCUGUCUUAGAAAGUAAAUUAGUACAUAAUACUUGUAUGAGAAAUCGUUUAUCAUCACUUCGCCGAGGUCGCUUGCGGGCGAGGCGCUAGAUUUGAUAUCACAUAGUCAUAAAAUUAGUCAAGUUGAGGUUCGUAUUCAUAAUGUAUCAAUCCCAGCGCCUCGCCCGCAAGCGACCUCGGCGAUAUUAGAUGAAAUCGUUCACUUGACAUCUUGGAAAGUAAACUAAGUACAUAAUACUUGUAUGAGAAUUCGUUUAUCAUCACUUCGCCGAGGUCGCUUGCGGGCGAGGCGCUACAUUUGAUAUCACGUAGUCAUAAAAUUAGUCAAGUUGAAGUUUGUAUUCAUAAUGUGUCAAUUCCAGCCACUUCGCCGAGGUCGCUUGCGGGCGAGGCGCUCUGUUUGAUACUUUAUGAACACAAACCUUAAUUCCAUGAAAUUUGGCAUUUAGGAGCUAUGAUACCAGUUCCAUCAGACCCAAAAAAUAUACUGAACAUGAACAUUUUUGGGGAUACAUCUCUUUUUUAUUACCUUUAGGGUGUAUCUGCUUUAAUUUUUUUGUAAAAGUUUUAAAAUUUAAUUUGUACGAAGACUUUAUUGUGGCUUUGUAUAAGAAUCUCAUAUCCAAUUCGAUUAAAUUUUAGUAUUGGAGGAUAAUGUUGGUUGCCUAUUCGCUAGGAUCAACCCAACAGUUUCUUAAGAUCUAUGUAUGUUCUUUAUUUUUUUAUUAACGAAUAUAUUUUGUUAUUGAACUAAAUAAUAUAUGUUAACUCAAAACUAAAAUUGUUGAAUUAAAUUGACGAAUUAUUUUUAAUUAAUUAAUUAAAUCUUUACUUAUCUAAACUAACAAAAACUAACUAAAUUCUCUUCGUGUAUUUUUAUUGAAUUGAAGAACAAAAAGAAAGUAUUAGUUGUUUUAUCCUAAUUAAUUUAUUUAUAUCAUGUAUUAUAUAUGCUAGCAUAUAAGACUUGUCUUAUAUGAUGGUAUAUUCGUUAAAUUGUAUACUAUUGUUGACGUUUUUUUAUUAUUAUUAUUGUAUUUGUAUGUUUUUAUUAUUAUAUAAGUCCUAUUACGUUUGCCUUUAAUCAUUAAAACAUGAUUAAUUAUCAAUCAAUAACGCAUGGCCAAAUGUACUUUUACUUAAAGUAUUUAUAUGUAUUGUAUAAUUACGUACGUUGCAAUAAAUGUAUAUCUUA